AUGUCGUCCAAGCUCAUUCCAUUAACACCAUCGGAUGUCAUGGUCAUUCGCGAAAUCACACCAAAUGUCAUCACUCUUUCCGUGCCCUUUUCGCGAUUUGGCCUUGUGAGAGUCGGUGGUCGCGGCACAAUAGUGCGUCUGACCACAGGCUCGUUGGCUGUCAUAUCACCCGUCGCGCUCACCCCUGAGGUGAAGGCGAAAGUGGCAGAGUUAGGCGGCAAUGUUGCGUAUCUAGUUGCCUCGGACAUUGAGCAUCACAUUUUCAUUUCGGAGUGGGCCAAGGAGUAUCCAAAUGCGAAACUCGUCGGCCCCCAAGGCCUCCAAGAAAAGCGCGAGAAGGCCAACGAUGAAAAGAUUGGCAAGGAGAAGUUCAACUUCAUUUACACGCCCGAGAACCACCAGGAUAACAACAUCGAUGCGGAUUUCGCAGCUAACUUCGAGGUCGAGUACAUGGACUCUCACCCAAACAAGGAAAUCGUCCUGUUCUACAAGCCCGAGAAGAUCCUGAUACAGGCCGAUCUGAUGUUUAACCUACCAUGUGUGGAGCAAUACUCACGCGUCCCAGAGGCAGAGAAAAGUUCGCACGGCUUGGCAAACAAACUCUUCAAUGGCCUCCAGAGCACGGAAGGCGAGGCUAAAGGUAUCAAACGAUUUUUGUGGUACGCCAUGAGCGCCGGCAACCGCCCUGCGUUCAAUAAGAGUGUACAGAGAAUCGAUGCGUGGGAUUUCGAUACAAUUAUCCCAUGCCACGGCGAGACCAUGAUUGGCAACGGAAAACAGCUAUUCCGGAAAGUCUUUGAGUGGCAUCUUGCAGGUCACAAAUGA